AAUAUGUGAGGUGACUGAAGACCAGAUGAAUGUGUCUAGGUAUGUCAGACAACCGAAACAGAAAACCUAAUAACUCUCAAACUGUCUCCGUCAGCCAGGCAGAAACGAGUCAUUCUCUUAACGAUUUUAUUUCGGACAGAUCUAGGGUGAUGACAGCCUGGAAGAUUGCCACUUUAACUACCAUCCAAGAGCAGACAGCCACAGUUUGGGAAUCCCCAGUAGUCCACAUCAAAAGGAACACACAUCUACAACCCCAUCCAUAGCUAAGAAAACCACAACGGAAACUCUCAGAUGUUUGCCAGUCAUGAGAACGCACAGCAAUAAUGCAGCACUGGGAAGACAGAAGAUUUGCUGUGAGAAGGUAGCUGUGCUGACAGCAAGCCUUAUCAAUGCAGUAGUACUAAAUUUAGCUCUCAAUCAUUCAUGCAGUUCUGGAUACAAUUUCUACAGGACUGAACUGGAGAUUCCAAACACAAGGUGUCAGAAGAUAACAAUGGCUUCCACAAGACUGCAGAUUUUUGCACUUUUUUUGUCCUUAUUUGCUUUCCUAGGAGCAGUUGCAACCACAGCACUUCCAAACUGGAAGGUUAAUACCUUUGAAAAAUCAAAUGUAAUCUCCACAACAAAACAGAUGCAAGGUCUGUGGAUGGACUGCACAUGGUAUAGUACAGGGCUCUUCAGCUGCAGGUUUAACUUCUCCAUCUUAGACCAGCCAGUGUACAUGCAUGCCUGCCAGAUUUUGAUGCUUCUGUCAUGUAUUAUAUCAUUGGUGGGAAUUGGGAUUUCCCUGCCUGGUAUGACGUGUAUAAGAUGCGGAAGACAUCAAGGCUCAAAACGUUGUGCUGCUGUAACAGGAGGGGUCUGUUUCAUUACUGCAGGUAUAAUGUGUUUAGUUUCAGUGUCUUGGUUCACAGCUGAGCUCAUAAGCCACUUCUUCAAACCAUCUGUCUCAGAAGAAAACAGAUAUAAAAUAGGAGGAGCAAUAUACUCUGGAUGUAUUUCUGCAGGGUUCCUAUUUAUUGCAGGUGCAAUUUUCUGCACAUCGUGCAGAAAUCCACAAAGAGAAAAUGUUGAAUACUCAAACAGAAGGCACUACCCCAAACACCAAUCUUUGGGAGAUGAGACAGACUACUCUCUUCGACAUGAUGUGUAAAGAAUUACAAUGCACUUGUAGCUAUGUCUUACAGUGUCAUGUUAUUAAGACUGCUGCUUGGAAAUCUGACAAAAAUAUUCUUAGUUUCAAUUUAUUCUUCACAACAAGAAUGUGCAGAUACUGAAGAUUAUUGUCAACUAUUGUAAAAAAUGUUCAAUUGUCUAAAUUAAAAAAAAACUUUUCCAGUAGGUUUCAAACAUGAGAGUGCAACUUCUAAUGGCAGUUUUUUUUUAAUUUUGUAAGCAAAAUCAUUUUAGGCAAUGGAACAAAAUACAGCCAUUGAAUAAACUUGUUUGGUCGGUUAUAGGCUACAUUUGGAUCAGUACAGAUAAGAUGACAUUUAUCUCUAAUAAUAAUGUGAAGUACUGAUUUAUAAAAACCAUUAUUAAACAAAAAUAAUGCUGCGUAAUUAAAGAAAAUACUGCAACACCAAUUUCAUUUUGUUCAAGUGAAUUCAAAAUCUUAUGCUUGUCACUAGAAUAAAUUACAGCAUAUGCAAUAUUUCUCUGUAAAUCUAAAGUUGGUCGCCCCGUUACAUUGAAUGAUGGUAAGAUUAUACUUGGAGUGCUGUGCACAGUUUUGGCAAGAUGUCAAGCAGACUGUCAACAUA